GGAAGGUGCGUCACAGCUUGGUGUGGGAGUUGAAGAUCGAGAGGCUGGUGUUUUCACUUUAAUUUUUUAAUCAGUUAAAAAUAAUUAUUCGGUUCAUAUUUAUCGCGGAUCACUGGGCCAUUCCUAUCCGUGUUUGGAGAGCUGAUUUUGGGGACGCCCUGUGGUUCCUACCUGCAUAAGACGACUGCGUAAAACUACCGUUGGUUGUGUAGAGAUGAGCGUGGAGGCGUACGGGCCAAGCUCACAGACUCUCACCUUCCUAGACACCGAGGAAGCGGAGCUGCUCGGAGCCGAUACCCAGGGCUCGGAGUACGAGUUCACCGACUUUACUCUGCCCAGCCAGACCCAAACGCAGGGCCAUACGCAGAGUCAGUUGGACAACCAGGUGAUCGUCUCCGACGGGCUCCUACAGAAUGGCGGUCUUGACGAGGCGGUCUCGAAGAGCAGUCAGCUUCUGGCCGAGUUGAACUUCGAGGAAGAUGAGGAGGACACGUAUUACACCAAGGCUCUGCCCGUGCACGCCUGCAGCUACUGUGGGAUCCAGGACCCUGCUUGCGUGGUGUACUGUAACACCAGUAAGAAAUGGUUCUGUAAUGGCCGUGGAAACACCUCUGGCAGCCACAUAGUGAACCACCUGGUCCGGGCCAAGUGUAAGGAGGUGGCCCUGCACAAGGACGGGCCCCUGGGCGAGACGGUCCUGGAGUGCUACAACUGCGGCUGCCGCAACGCCUUCCUGCUGGGCUUCAUCCCGGCCAAGGCCGACUCGGUGGUGGUGCUGCUGUGCAGGCAGCCGUGUGCCAGUCAGAGCAGUCUGAAGGACAUCAACUGGGACAGCUCCCAGUGGCAGCCCCUGAUCCAGGACCGCUGCUUCCUCUCCUGGCUGGUGAAGAUCCCGUCGGAGCAGGAGCAGCUCCGUGCCCGGCAGAUCACCGCCCAGCAGAUCAACAAGCUGGAGGAGCUCUGGAAGGAGAACCCGGGCGCGACGCUGGAGGACCUGGAGAAGCCGGGCGUGGACGAGGAGCCCCAGCGGGUUCUGCUGCGUUACGAGGACGCGUACCAGUACCAGAACAUCUUCGGCCCGCUCGUCAAGCUGGAGGCCGACUACGACAAGAAGCUCAAAGAGUCCCAGACCCAGGACAAUAUCACAGUCCGCUGGGACCUGGGCCUGAAUAAGAAGCGCAUCGCUUAUUUCUCACUGCCCAAGACGGACUCAGGUGACAUGCGGCUGAUGCAGGGCGAUGAGAUCUGCCUGAGGUAUAAAGGAGACCUGGCUCCUCUGUGGAAGGGCAUCGGCCACGUCAUCAAAGUGCCUGACAACUACGGCGAUGAGAUUGCCAUAGAGCUGCGCAGCAGUGUGGGCGCUCCAGUGGAGGUGCCGCACAGCUUCCAGGUGGAUUUCGUGUGGAAGUCCACCUCCUUUGACAGGAUGCAGAGUGCGCUGAAGACCUUUGCAGUGGAUGAGACCUCGGUCUCUGGGUACAUCUACCACAAGCUGCUGGGGCACGAGGUGGAGGACGUGGUCAUCAAGUGCCAACUGCCCAAACGCUUCACCGCCCAGGGCCUGCCAGACCUCAACCACUCCCAGGUUUACGCUGUGAAGACGGUGCUUCAGAGACCCCUCAGUCUCAUCCAGGGACCCCCAGGAACAGGGAAGACCGUCACCUCGGCAACCAUCGUUUACCACCUGGCCCGCCAGGGAAACGGGCCUGUGCUGGUGUGCGCUCCCAGCAACAUCGCGGUGGACCAGCUGACGGAGAAGAUCCACCAGACGGGGCUGAAGGUGGUGCGGCUCUGCGCUAAGAGCCGGGAGGCCAUCGACUCGCCCGUGUCCUUCCUGGCGCUGCACAACCAGAUCCGCAACAUGGACAGCAUGCCUGAGCUGCAGAAGCUGCAGCAGCUGAAGGACGAGACGGGCGAGCUGUCCUCCGCUGACGAGAAGCGCUAUCGAGCGCUGAAGCGUACGGCCGAGAGGGAGCUGCUCAUGAACGCGGACGUGAUCUGCGGGACGUGUGUGGGGGCGGGGGACCCCCGCCUGGCGAAGAUGCAGUUCCGCUCCAUCCUGAUCGACGAGAGCACCCAGGCCACGGAGCCGGAGUGCAUGGUGCCCGUCAUCCUGGGAGCCAAACAGCUCAUCCUGGUGGGGGAUCACUGCCAGCUGGGCCCGGUGGUGAUGUGUAAGAAGGCGGCCAAGGCGGGGCUGUCCCAGUCCCUGUUCGAGCGGCUGGUGGUUCUGGGCAUCCGGCCCAUCCGCCUGCAGGUCCAGUACCGCAUGCACCCGGCGCUCAGCGCCUUCCCCUCCAACAUCUUCUACGAGGGCUCUCUGCAGAACGGGGUGACCGCCGCGGACCGCAUCAGGAAGGGCUUUGACUUCCAGUGGCCGCAGCCGGACAAGCCCAUGUUCUUCUACGUGACGCAGGGCCAGGAGGAGAUCGCCAGCUCAGGGACGUCCUACCUGAACAGGACCGAGGCGGCGAACGUGGAGAAGAUCACCACCCGGCUGCUGAAGGCCGGGGCCAAGCCGGACCAGAUCGGCGUCAUCACGCCGUACGAGGGCCAGCGCUCCUACCUGGUGCAGUACAUGCAGUUCAGCGGCUCCCUGCACACCAAGCUGUACCAGGAAGUGGAGAUCGCCAGUGUGGAUGCUUUCCAGGGCCGAGAGAAGGAUUUCAUCAUCCUGUCCUGCGUCCGAGCCAACGAGCACCAGGGCAUCGGAUUCCUGAACGACCCCCGACGCCUGAACGUGGCCCUCACCAGGGCCCGGUACGGGGUGAUCAUCGUGGGGAACCCCAAGGCCCUGUCCAAGCAGCCGCUGUGGAACCACCUGCUGAACUACUACAAGGAGCAGAAGGUCCUGGUGGAGGGACCCCUCAACAACCUGCGCGAGAGCCUCAUGCAGUUCAGCAAGCCCCGCAAGCUGGUCAACACCAUCAACCCCGGUGCGCGCUUCAUGAGCACUGCCAUGUAUGAUGCCAGAGAGGCCCUGAUCCCCGGCUCUGUGUACGACCGCAGCACCACGGUGCGCCCGGCGAACAUGUACUUCCAGACGCACGACCAGAUCGGCAUGAUCGGGGCGGGGCCCAACCCCCUGGCGGCCCUGAACAUCCCCAUCCCCUUCAACCUGGUGAUGCCCCCCCUGCCCCCGCCCGGGUACCUGGGCCAGAGCAACGGCCCUGUCGCAGGGCGCGGCGCUAUGAAGGGGAAGAUGGGCCGCGGCGGGCGGCAGAGGGGCCGCGGGUUGGGUCACCACGGCGACGGGCAGGGCGCCGUGCCCAGCAGCCAGGCCAGCCAGGACAUGCAGUCCGGCCCCCUGACCCAGGGCUUCAUCUCCAUCAGCCAGCCGUCCCAGAUGAGCCAGCCGGGCCUCUCCCAGCCAGAGCUGUCCCAGGACAGCUAUCUGGGCGACGAGUUCAAGUCCCAGAUGGACGUGGCUUUGUCCCAGGACUCCACGUACCAGGGCGAGCGUGCGUACCAACACGGAGUGACGGGACUGUCGCAGUACUAGAGCGCUGGGGGUGCGAGGCGCUGAAGCUGAGCUUUAGUUGGUCAGCUUUUUAAUCUGGGUACUAUUAAAGAAAAAAACAGUUUUCCACUGCUACAACUGAAGCACCAGGUGUGAGGCGCUGGAGGAGGAGAGCCCCACCCUGUCGUACGGAGAGAGGGAGAGGGGAGAGAGGGAGAAGAGGAAGAGUCCCUGCUGGCACGCAGAGACGGGCGGGCGUGUGUGUGCACGCGCGGCGUGUGUGUGCGCAGUGUGGAGACUGGCAGAGGCAGAGGAGGCCUUGUCGGGUCUCUCCAAAACACGAGGAGCAAAAAAAAUAAAAAAUAAAAAAAAGGAACAAAAAAAAAAACACCGCGCCCCCUCAACCCCCCCGCAACCGAACCCUCCUGAACCAAUAUGGCCCCAUCGACUCGGUGGAGAGAGAGACGGAGACGGAGACGGAGACGGAGAGGGAGAGGGAGAGGGAGAGAGAGAGAGAGAGAGAGAGAGAGAGAGAGAGAGAGAGAGAGAGAGAGAGAGAGAGGGAGAGGGAGGGAGGGAGGUGAAGGAAGAGGAGGCUGUUCUCAAUCGCACACAAGCUCGUUCUGUCGUCCGUGGAGAGAUGGAGAUGGAGAUGGAGAGGGGAAAAAUUGCUUUCAGUGGUUGAUGAAAGAAACUUUUAACCUCAAAGUUGAUCAGUUCCGACAUGGUGCAUCCUGGGAUUGGGGAUCAGAUUGACGCAGGACGCGUGGAGGACCAGCAGCCGCACUGGGAGUGGAAGCCGCCCACGUCAACUUUGAGCUGCGAAGUUUCCUGCACGAGGACGCUGUGGUGCUCAGCUCCUCCCACUGCUCAGCUCCCUGGCUGUAGGAUCGCGCCGCCAUGUUUGACCAGAUGGACCUGCUGCAGUUGAGACUUUCUCUUCUGAAUGAUCAGUCUUCUUGUAGAUUAUAAAAAGAAAGAGAGGUGAUGUCUUUGGAGGGCGAACCUCAGACAGCCAGAACUAGAGAGUAUUCUGCUAUCGCGAAUUUGACGACUUUAUCCAAUUUUCUUAUUUUUUAUUCUUACAAUAUUAUCAUUGUUAUUAUUGUAAUAGAGGGGGGGAAGCAGUCUGAAUACAGGCAAGGGAGUAUAUGUGUGUGCUGUUGAUACAUGUGUGUAUUGCCAUCGAGUUUAUAACAUCCAGCAAUUAGACGGGUUUAUUCAUUGGAACCGGGAAGAUAAUUCUAAUUACGGGAAGGUGGCCGUUCAAUGAGCUCCUGAAUUAAGUAUUGUACGGUUUUUUUUGUUUUGUUUUGGGUUUUUUUGGUUGGUUGGUCGGUCCUUCGUGCUCUGAAUGCGCCGUUAAAGCCUGACCCAGACCGCCCUGCAGGCGAACGCCCCCUAGUGGAUCUUUCCGGUAUGUGACUCCACAUCGAAUGGAAGGAAUAGAGUUACUGACCUGAGCACGUUUUGGUAAUGACUUCUAUUCACCGUUGGGCGUAUGACGCCAUUUUGAUAUUAAGUGCGCCCUACAUACACAAAUGUGGAACAUCACUGAAAUCUACACCGACUGCCUACUCUGGGAGACUGCAGCAUUGGGGGUUUAAGAAUUAAAGGAAGAACAAACUUUGUUCUAUUCUUUUGCCUUUGUGUUUGUAUUGUAUUCUAAGAGGGGUACCCCAUGAGCUAAACGGUGAUUAGAAUUAGAAUCAUUCAGUGCCUAUAACUUGUCAAGACUGUUACUUGUGAUAAGACCUCGUCCCUCUGCAGGUUUAUUUGCGUAGGGUACCGGCAAGUAAACGAGCCAACGACCCCCCUGCAGCAGAGCUCCGUGUGUUCGGCGUGUUUUUAAAACGAUCUAUUUGUCAUUUUAAAUGAGCAACGGUGGAUCACCGAUCAAACUGGGAGGUUUUCCACGUCUUUUUUUCUGUCUUUCCCGGCGGGUGGAGAGAUCGCAGACGGCCUUCCACGUGGAUUUGUCAGGAGGAAGUGACACAGACUGGAGUGGGGUCCUGUUUGCUUUUCGGCUUUUAAAAUAUAUAGAUCUUUCCUUGGUUGUUAUUUCAGUUCUGUACACGUCUAAAGCAGAUUUGCGUGUCCUGUUCGGGCCUUGUGCUGUAGGUGGGUCUUUUGUUUGUCCAUCACGCGUUCGUUACUCCUGACCCCUGACCCCUGACCCCUGACCACCCGGGUUUCACUCCCCAUUCGAGCGCUUCUGUACAGGCCGAUGGAGCCUGGCGCCCAGGAGGUGGGAUGAUUUGGUUUUGAAAAGCCAAGACUCGAUGGACGUGUGAGAAUGUUGCAAAAAUAUUUUCCUAUAACCCAGCAAUAGGCAUACGACUCAACCGCUUCCUUAACGCUGAACCUGGCCACUGUGUGAACGUGCUUGGGGUAUCUCCUCUGCUUUCGUAACUCACGCUGUGGCCAAACGAUUGGCUUUUUGUUUUGCACUGUGCUGGUGAACGCGUUUGACGGUGGCAGAAUUGAUUAUUUGUCUCGCGGCCGCUCUUCCUGUCCAAUUCAUGGCUCUUGCCAUCAGCUGCGUCGCUGGCAGAUUGGGAGUGCGCCCGGUCAUUUUUCCUCUGCUUGCUUUGCACCUUGCCCUUCCCUUGAACAAGAAAGAUAAUUCCCUGAUGUGUUUUGGAGAAAUGGCGUUGGCGGCUCGGAGAGACGCGUGCCGUGUUCGGAUCCGGCAUACUACUCGUACUAAAUGUCAGACUGAUUUUCAUUGAAAUGUACGAGUAGUGUGCGGCGUGUAUGUCUGCGCGCUCUGGGGACAUGAGGCCCCUCCCACUCGUAACGGCCUAACCGAAUGAAACUCGUCUCGUGUGUUGGGGCUCCGGUCCCCACGGUGUAGACCUCGCAGGUACUCCGGGUGAACCCCCACUCCCCUCGUUGUACAUUCAGUACAUUUCUACACCGUAUGUAUAAUCCAUGUUCCCUGUCUGGCCUCCCUGCUGGGCAGUCUGGUGUGUUUUUGUUGUUCUCCUUGCUGUGGAAGAUUUAUUCCUUUUGGAUUUUAUAGUUUUCUUUUAGUUUAGUUUUCUUUUCUUUUUUUUUUCUUUUUAACACAAUGUAACCCUCUUCUCAUUCCUGUAAAAAUGAAACCAGACAAAUAAAGAUUGCUUCUUUAUGUCUAUUGUAAGUGAGCUUAUUAAAAUGUUAAAUCUUG